AUGGUAAAGGCCCAUAUACGGGAAGAUGGUGGCUUCGACAAGGUGAAUGGCAAAGUUCGGAGCACCUUGAUGGAUUGGAUUCAGCAACAGCUGCUAUCUUUCCUUGACGAGCAACCAGAAGCCACUGAUUUCCUGCGGACUGCCGGGCUCAGCGUGGAUAGACUUGAAGCACAAGGAAUUCAAACUUUGGAAGCUGUGGGAGACAGAUUGCUUCAAGCGAAACUACACAAAUGGGGUUUAGCUCCACACCUCUUUGAAGGCCGUUCCGAAGAAGAGGUCCGACGUGACAGAAGAAUAGAGGAGAGCUUGCCCACCCAGGAAGACAAGAAGAAGUUCCGCCACUUGCGGCAGGAGAUUCUUGCAGGCGAAGCAGUCGUUGAGGAACUGGUGGCACUUGAGAUGUUAGUGAGUCGUGGUUCUGAUUGGUGUUAUGAUGCUGACAGUGAUGAUGACUUAACGCCGGAAGACGGAGGGCCCCAAGGUGUGGGUCGUGUUGUAGCAUGGCAUUCCAGAUCCGGAGAGAAGGUCGGAGCGAUCCAGAUCCCGCGUUCCGGCUGGGUCAAAGUACAGUGGCAAGUCACAGGGUACACACGCAGUUAUCGUAUGGGAACAUCGGAGUAUGCGUUGGCGGAGUUGGUGUUUGCUGCAAUCCCAGACCAAGAAGAAAAGACUCUUAAAGAAGUUCCUAAAGGGGAGAUUCAGCUACAUCACUUGCGGUGUAGCUUCGGCUACAAGUGUGGCACCCGAUGGGCCCAUUAUGCGCUUUUUGACAACCGCCCAGAGGCAUGUGAAAAGGUGGCUGCACUAAAGCCAGGCGAUGUUGUGGAGGAUAGAGAUGGGGACAGAUCCGUAUGCAUCGGCUUGAAGUACAAUGCAGACAAGAAAAAGGUAGACCUGUGGUUUCACUGCGAGGGCAGAGAUGGCGCAGGCCUCUUUACACAUGCAGAUCACAAUGUAUCUUUGCGAAGAGUUUCGCACAAGCGCGUGCAAGAGGCCAAUCGAAAAGAAGUGGAAGGUGCUUCAGAUGGGGAGAUCGAUCAUGAUGAGCGCGAGUGGGUGGGUCAGAAUCUGAAACCGACCCUUCGCUACCUAUCCAAGUCAGGUCAGGUCCUUCACUUUGACGUUCGAGAUGAAAUGGUUCGGAAGUUCAAGAUGCCCUACAAGUCUGGGGAUGUCCUGGUUGACAAGGCAGAUGGGGAGAAGAUGACCUGCAUCGGGGUUGCCAGUGAUCCUAUGAGGAAGCUUGCCACGCAGCAUGGGCGCCGAAGAGGGCGUCGAGUGACUGGCAGUGUGGCAGAGCUCUGGUUUCAUGUGGAAACCUCCGACGGGGCUGGUCUCAGUCCCAAAAUGCAUAAGGCCUUGAGCCGUUUCAGGGUUUUGCGCAAUGAGCCAGUGGUUGAAAUGCUUGGUGCAGCCUCUUCACGCGAUUCAUGGGAUGCAGAAACAGCGGUGGGCUUGCUUCAAAGCCUACAGGGCAGUUUGCAGUGUGAUUAUUGCUUUCCGAGAGGGGCUGGUGAGCAUUCGACUCCCGACUGGUUUGAUGUGCGGGAAGAUUUGGUUGAGAAUGUCGUUGGCUUCAAACCUGGGACCGUCUUGAAUAUCAGAGGCACUCCACCUGGGACUCGCUUAACCCUGAUCGGUUUCAGGACAGAUCCCGACAACGGUGAAGUUGGAGUUUGGUGGCAUCAUGAAGACUUCGAGAGGGUGCAUGCAGGAGCUGGCAUGGUCCCCGGCUGGGAGCAUAUGCGUCAGAUGAUGCGGGACACAGGUGAACGCGUGAACCUCGACGAGUUGAAACAACGCAUUGCAGGUAAACGGCCCACAUUGGGGAGGAUCUUGGCGUCGCCGUUGCUGUGGCUUCCAGGGAAAACGGACCGGGCCGAACCCAUGAGCCUGCGAGCCCAUGGGCCGCCUGCGGCGCACCGAAUCUCCGGAAGGUCAACGAAUGAAGUGCUGCAGCUGCUUACCGGCAGAGGCGGAACUGCUUGUGGCACCUGCAUGUGCCUCCGUGGAGCGCACCAGGAGGUGCCCACAGAUUUGUGGGUUCAAGAAGCUUGGGCCGACACGGUCUUGAUGCCAUGGAACUCCAGCGGCUUCAAAGUUGUUGGGCGUUUGGCGAAAUCGAUUCAUGGCGAGGUUCAUUUUGUGAAAGAUGACACAGGAACUGCCUAUGUUGCAAAGGUCUUGAGCUUUCUGAGCAAAUUGAAGUGCUCAGAGAACCACAUCGUUGAGAUGUUUGGAUCCUUUGAGGCCAUCGCGCUUUUCGAUGUAGCAUCCCUUUACCUCAUCACAGCCUAUUGUGAAGAAGGUGACCUUUUCGAGAGGGUGGCCUAUGGCGACCCUUUGGGCGAAGCGGAGAAGAAGCGCUAUGUCGGCGAUAUCCUGCGAGGAGUAGAGCCCUUGGGCCACCUCACAUCUCAUGAGCGUUCGGUGUUGCUCCAGAAAGGGAAUUGUGUGCUGAUCGACUUUCGACAGGUUCCCAAGGCACUGCCAUACCGCUGUGGCGCUGAAUCUCUUGGGGCUCGCAGUUUCAACGCGUUGGCGUCAGUCCGCCAGCCUUGUCGUCAGUGGAAGGUAGGGCUUGCACUGCCACACCUUUUGGCCAUGACCUCAGACAUUUUGUCGGACAGGUGGCCAGCUUGCUUCAGCAAUGGCGAGGAGCCUCCAGAGGUCCUGCGAGCUCACCAAGUGACGAGGAUCAUUUUGGGUCUUUAUUUGCUGCAGAUCGAGGCAGCACGACCCGAUGGAGAUUUGGCAGGUCUGAUGACUCUUGACCAGGCAGAGAUGAAGCGAGUGAGCGAUGACAUCAAGAAUGGUAAUCUCGAUGCAGCAGCCGCAUCGAAGAUCCACAUCGGGCUGCAGGACUCGCAAGAAAGAGAAGCAGAACAAGAGGUUCCUCGACCUCAUCCAGCUUUGUUGCAGGCUAGAACACCAUGGCAGUUUGCUGCAGCGGUUCCUUUGCGCAGUUGGCUUCGCAGCCAUCAGUGCGCUGCAGUCGAGUAA